AAGUUUGGUGACUUUACUCCAAAUUUAUUGUGCCAAUUCUCAGGUUAAUUUUUCAAAACCCGAUGAAAAUUUCAAUCGAAAAAUGCGGCUGGGCGAAUUUUUCCUGCAUAAACGGCUAUUCCUUAAUCUUUUGUAAGAAAAGGUUAUGAUGUUUUGGUGAAAAUUCCAAAAUCUUAAAAUGGUUCACUAAUUUUUAUUUUAUUAGUUUUUGAAAUGCAUUUCGUCCCGCAUCAGUCUAUCAAUUUCUAAAAAUAUCAAAUAUGUACCUCCAGUUUUAGCUAGACUCUAGGUGUCCCUCAUUGAGACCUACAAAAUUUAUAUAUUUUUUGUUUUUCGUUUUUUUUUCGACAUGCUUUUUUUAUGAUACUGUUGUAUUACAAAUGGUGAGAAGCUCCGCUUCGCCUGUGUUAUUGUUUGCAGCAUUGGUGCGGCCCUAUUGAACCUUUUCUUGUGUCGUCGCUUGAUGGAAAGGCCUCUUUUAAUUUCUAUUCAAUUCGAGGUAAAUACAUGAGCGGUGGCACGGACAACUCGAGUGCUAUGCAAAACGCUGCAAAGGCUUCGCAAAUGCAACAAGAGUUGUAUUCCUUACAAACUGAAGCUCUAGCCUAUACUCGUAGAUUGCGUUCUGAUAUUGCCACUCUGUUUCAACAUGCACAGUCUGGUGUCCAGCAGUCCGAACAGGACUCUAACGCUGUAAUGUCUCAUAGAACAGCCAGAGACCAGUUUCUGGAGCAAGUGAAGUUGAACCAGAUGAGCCUCACCAAAACCUAUAGCGAACUAGCGAAAUACAUAAAUUCGAUAACUGCUAAAACAACAGCAAUCACUACUCAAUUAGGAGCAGGUCAAAAUGCCCCGCAUUUGCUGUUGAGUGCAAAAUACGGAGAUGAUUGCCAGCAAUCUGCUAUCAAAAUUGCUGGUUCUUCGUCGCCCACUGUUUACAAUAAAUAUCAACAGAUGCUCAACUCUGCCAUUAACUGGGAGAAAGUUGAAGCAAACUCAGCCGCCAUUCACGAUGCUUUGCUGAUGUCAGCGAAUGUUGUCAAAAGAAGGGAUGAAUUGAAAGCAAAGUUCCCGGAUCCCUCCACGAUUGAUUGCAAGCUAAAGGAUCAUUCUAAAACGUUUUCGGAAGAUGGAGUUACGUUCAUUACUAAAGCGUUUCUUGAGCACCGAAUUAUCCAUGUGCGCCUCGAGAAGAUAUGCAACAUCUACCUGUUUGUCAAGGAUUCACAAAUUGAAAAAAUUAAUUGUAUUGGCAUAAAUGAAGUCCAAGAUGACUCGAACUAUGAGGCAGACAGGAUACACCAACCGUCGAAGUACAAACUUUUCCAGCAGAUGGGACUGUUCAUCCACUCGUACUACUUUUUAUCUCUCCGUCAGCUAUACCCGCCCGUGAACGAUGACGCAAUUUUUAAGUGUCUUCGCAUGUUGAGGUACUACAAAGAUUUCCUGACGGAAGACUGUGCCAAGUGUGGGAGGAUCAUGUUGCAUGGUCUGCCCCCAUUCUGCAUCGACCACAGCAUGUUGGAGAUUGACAAAUCGGGAAUGGGUCCAGAAGCCAAGAUUCCCAAGUACCACGUCGAGUGUUUCCCCCAUAAUUUGUGACGCUCCAAAAAACAGGAGCAUUGAAAAGGAGGCUUAAAACUUAAAUGAUUACUGAUAAUUUUGUUUUGUCUGAUUUGUUUCUGUCACCCUAAUAUUCGCAAUAAAUUUUUCCAUAAA